AUGUCCGCAGUAACAUCAUUUAAACCUACUACAGUAUUCGCGUUCCAGUUAUGUGGCUUCUGGAGAUUUCUAUCUCAACUCCCAUACAACGACAUGUACCGACGGGAACGCAAGCUUAUGCACCAGGAGCUGGGCACAAAAGCAGCUGUUGCGCGUUAUUAUGAGGCUAUAGAAAGUGAAGUGGGGAGGUUCCUCGCGCGACUUUUUGCCCGGCCAGAAGAUCUAUUCCAGCUCUUAAGAACCGAAGUUGGCUCUAUUAUUCUAAAGAUUACUUACGGUUAUUCUACAAACCACGAUACAACUGACCCUCUAGUUGACUUGAUCUCGCAUGUGAUGCUCGCCUUCUCUCAUGCGCUUCAACCCUUCUACUGGUUAGUUGAUAUAAUACCUGCUAUCUCCUACCUACCUGAUUGGCUGCCUGGUAUGGGGUUUAAGGAGAUAGCACGAAGAACUCACAAGAUGUCCGACUUAAUGGUAGAUGUUCCUUACUCUUUUGUACUCAGACAGAUGAGGAGCGGCAGCUAUCUACCAUCAUACGUAUCUAAACUAGUCGAGCAGUUCAAUAAGGAUACUGGGGAGCUAAAGAUUAGCCGCGAUAAUGAGGAUACAAUCAAGUACACAGCAGGAACUCUAUAUGCCGGUGGCUCGGAUACGUCAGCAACAACCUUGAACGCCUGCAUCUUGGCUAUGAUUAUGUUCCCUGAAGUGCAACGCAAGGCGCAAGAGGAGAUCGAUCUAGUAAUUGGCAACGAGCGACUACCCAGUUUCAAGGACCAAGAGAAGCUCCCAUAUAUUGACAGCAUAGUAAAGGAAGUAUUGCGCUGGUUUCCUGUCGCACCUAUGGGCUCAGCUCACGAAACAACUGAAGAUAUUACAUACAGCGGCUAUUUGAUUCCGAAGGGGGCAAUUCUUAGUCCUGCAGUAUGGUGGUUCUGCCAUGACCCUCAAGUGUACUCUAAUCCAAGUUCCUUUGACCCGGGGAGGUUCCUAGAGCCAAGAAACGAGCCUGAUCCGACUGGUAUAUUUGGACUCUAG